CCCCCCUCCGCUGCCCCCCUGACGUAAGCCCGGGCGGCCGCAAGCUCGCUCACUUGGCUCUCUCCCUCUGGCCGGGAAGCAUGGGUCUGUCCAGGCUUGUCUGCGCCUUCUUGCUCGCCGCCUGCUGCUGCGGUCGCCACGCCGCGGGUGUGCCUGGAGAGGCGGAGCAGCCUGAGCCUGAGCUGGUGGAGGUAGAAGUGGGCGGCACAGCCCUUCUCAAGUGUGGUCCUUCCCAUUCCCAGGGCAACUUCAGCCAUGUUGACUGGUUUUCCGUCCACAAAGAGAAGCCGACACUCAUCUUCCGCGUGCGCCAGGGCCAGGGCCAGAGCGAACCUGGGGAGUACCAGCACCGACUCAGCCUCCAGGACAAAGGGACUACUCUUGCCCUGACAUAUGUCACCCCCCAUGAUGAGCGCAUCUUCCUGUGCCAGGGCAAGCGCCCUCGGUCCCAGGAGCACCGCAUCCAGCUCCGUGUCUACAAAGCUCCAGAGGAGCCAAGCAUCCAAGUCAAUGCCUUGGGCAUUCCUGUAAACAGUAGGGAGCCUGAGGAGGUUGCUACGUGUGUGGGAAGGAAUGGGUACCCCAUUCCUCAAGUCGUUUGGUACAAGAAUGGCCAGCCCCUGAAGGAGGAGAAGAACCGGGUUCACAUUCAGUCAUCCCAGAUCGUAGAGUCAAGUGGUUUGUACACCUUACGGAGUGUUCUGAAGGCACAGCUGCUUAAGGAGGACAAGGAUGCCCAGUUUUACUGUGAGCUUAACUAUCGGCUGCCCAGUGGGAACCACAUGAAGGAAUCAAGGGAAGUCACUGUCCCUGUUUUCUACCCAGCGGAGAAAGUGUGGUUGGAAGUGGAGCCUGUAGGAAUGCUGAAGGAAGGGGACCGUGUGGAAAUCAGGUGUCUGGCUGAUGGCAACCCCCCACCCCACUUCAGCAUCAGCAAGCAGAAUCUCAGCACCAAGGAGAUGGAGGAGGAGACAACCGAUGACAAUGGGGUCCUGGUCUUGGCGCGGGCCCAGAAGGAACACAGUGGGCUUUACGAAUGUCAGGGCCUGGACUUGGAAACCAUGGCAUCACUACUGAGUGGUCAACAGGAGCUGCUGGUGAACUAUGUGUCUGAUGUCCGGGUGAGCCCCGCAGCCCCUGAGAGUGAGGAGGGCAGCAGCCUUACCCUGACCUGUGAGGCAGAGAGUAACCAGGCCCUUGAGUUCCAGUGGCUGAGAGAAAAGACAGGCCAGGUGCUGGAAAAGGGGCCUGUGCUCCAAUUACACAACCUGAAACGGGAAGCAGGGGGAGGCUACCGCUGCAUGGCAUCUGUGCCCAGUGUACCCGGCCUAAACCGCACACAGCUGGUGAACGUGGCCAUUUUUGGGCCCCCAUGGAUGGCAUUAAAGGAGAGGAAGAUGUGGGUACAGGAGAAUGUGGUGUUGAAUCUGUCUUGUGAAGCAUCAGGACAUCCUCGGCCCACCAUUUCCUGGAAUGUUGAGGGCUUGACAAGUGAACAAGACCAAGAUCCACAGAGUGUCCUGAGCAUCCUGAAUGUCCUUGUGACUCCAGAGCUGUUGGAGACAGGUGCUGAAUGUGUGGCCUCCAAUUCCCUGGGCAAAAACACUACCAUCAUUUUGCUGGAGCUAGACUCCAAUAGUACCACUGGCCUCAGCAUCUCCACUGUCAGUCCUCAUGCCAGAGCCAACAGUACUUCCACAGAGAAAAAACUGCCAGAGCCUGAAAGUAAAGGUGUGGUCAUCGUUGCUGUGACUGUGUGCGUCCUAGUCCUGGCUGUGCUGGGUGCUGUCCUCUAUUUCUUCUACAAGAAGGGCAAGCUGCCAUGUGGGCGGUCAGGAAAACAAGAGAUCACGCUGCCCCCGUCUCGUAAGAGUGAAUUUGUAGUUGAAGUUAAGUCAGAUAAGCUCCCAGAAGAGAUGGGCCUCCUACAGGGCAGCAACGGUGACAAGAGGGCUCCAGGAGACCAGGGAGAGAAAUAUAUCGAUCUGAGGCACUAGAUACUGAAUCACACUGAACUCUCCUCCCUGUCUGGACAUGUCCCCUGCUCACCCUCGUCUCCAGCAUUCAGGAUGGUCACUAUGGCCUCUAAAGUGGAUGACAGAGAAACCCCUGCUCCAGCUCACCUGCAGAUCCCAUUUCAGAAGGCCAAUGGGCUAGGACCAGAACCAUCCUGAGAACCUGACUUGGCCCUGGAGGCCCCCUCCUCAGGGACCAGUCUACCACUAUCUCAAUUUGUUGAGUGAUACUCAUCCCAAGGAGGAGACCUCAAUAUUCCAGUAAUGGGUAGGAGUUUCUUGUAGACUGUUUCCCUUUACACGUUAUGGAUGUAAAUACUCGUCUUCUACCAGCAGCUAUUGAAUUAGGUAGCCUAUUUAUCUUGAGCUGAUUUCCUGCCCCAAAGGCUGGCUUUGUAAUUCUGUUGUGUCAUUAAAGUAAGGAUGCACUGAGCCCAGGCCCCCCUCCACUGGUAAAAUAUGUUGUUCGCAAUGGUUCUGGAGAGUACUCCAGCAGUUAUCUGGAACAACUGCCUGCCUGCCUCUGGAGUCCCUUUUGUGACACUCCUGCCUGCCUGCCUCUGGAGUCCCUUUUGUGACACUUCUUUCUCUGGGCAGCAGCCAGGAACUGGUGUCAUUCCUUAAAAGAUUUGCUGGGUGUUAUCUCAUUGUCCCUGCAGUGUGGAAGCUGUGCACUGUUUUCCAGAGUUAAGGCCAUUGAAACUGAGCUAUAUUUGUUUGGCUCCCACAGCCCUCUCAAGGGAUGAUUUAAGACUGAAAGGUGAGAGUAGGGGACAGAGAUGAGUUCCAGAUGGUCCUUUAUGGGGAUUAAGGUUAUACUAGCACCAAACUCCUACAAACUGAGCAGAUGGGCCUAGAACCCAAAAGAAGGGCUCUAAUGGAAAGAUGGUACUUUAGGGACGAGAAAUGGGGGCCUGGCUAGAUUUUGAGGUGUGUGUGUGUGCACGCAUACAUCUGUAUGUAUAUAUGUUUUGUUGUGUGUAAAUUUGCAAAUUGUUUCCUUUAUAUAUGUAUAUAUGUGAAAAAUAAAGCUUAAUUGUCCCAGAAA